CGCACCAACUUGUGCAUGAGUGGCGGCGACACGAACGGUGCGGUGUAUGCGCUGGGCAUUGAAGGCAGCGCAAACAAGCUCGGCGUGGGUGUUUUGAUCCUUCAUGCGGACGGCAGCUGCAAGAUCCUGAGCAACCCGAGGAAGACGUACAUUCCACCGCCUGGGCAAGGAUUCUUGCCGCGGGAGACUGCAUGGCACCACCAAGUCCACUUUGCUCCCCUCGUGCGUCUUGCACUCACGCAAGCCAAGAUCAAACCGUCUCAGAUCCACUGCAUCUGUUACACGAAGGGUCCAGGCAUGGGUGCACCGCUUCGUUCGGCGGCGGUCGGCGCUCGGAUGCUGUCGCUACUGUGGAAGAAGCCCCUCGUCGCCGUCAACCAUUGUGUGGGUCAUAUCGAGAUGGGCCGCGCCGUGACAAAGAGCGACGACCCCGUCGUACUUUACGUGAGUGGCGGGAACACGCAAGUCAUCUCGUACAGCACGCAAAAAUACCGCAUCUUCGGCGAGACCAUCGACAUUGCCGUCGGCAACUGCCUCGACCGCUUUGCUCGAGUACUCAACCUGUCCAACGACCCGAGCCCAGGCUACAACAUCGAGCAGCUCGCCAAAUCCGGGACCAAGUACAUUGAGCUGCCGUACGUUGUGAAAGGCAUGGACGUGUCGUUUUCCGGGCUUUUGUCGUUUAUUGAAAAAGAGGCCAAGGCCAAGCUCGCGUCGGGCGAGUGCACCAAGGCAGAUUUAUGUUAUUCGUUGCAGGAAACCAUCUUUGCCAUGCUCGUACGAAGCAAUUUUGUGCUGACGACAACGUUGUAUGUAACCCUGGCCGUCCAACAGGUUGAGAUCACGGAGCGAGCGAUGGCGCAUUGUGGCCAGAGUCAAGUGCUGAUUGUCGGGGGCGUCGGCUGCAACAAGCGACUGCAAGAAAUGAUGGAGAUGAUGGCGAAAGACCGCGGCGGCAGUGUAUGCGCCAUGGACCACCGGUACUGCAUCGACAACGGUGCGAUGAUCGCGCAAGCUGGCGCGCUGCAAUUCCGAUCGCUCGGGCCCACGCCUCUUGCCGAGUGCACGUGUACUCAACGGUUUCGAACAGACGAAGUGGAUGUCGUGUGGCGAACCAAGUAGGCGAGGCGUCCACCGCAUGAAGACUCGAACAGGACGCGCUACGACAUAGUGGCCGACUUGAACCGUGUCUGGCGUAGCUGCCAAGUUAGCGCGUCAAAUAAGUAGCGAAUACACUUGGCAUGCAAGUUUGCGGCCCAAGUG